CGCAGGUGUUGCAGUCAUGAUUCUGGCUGGUUCCCUUCUCCUGCUCUUCCUCUCAGAUGGGGUGAACUCUCAGAGAAACUGCACCUAUCAGGAUGUUUUAGACCACCUGAACUUGACCAGACACAACGAGCGCUACUUCAUGACUCGACCCGUCAAAGACUACAAACGCCACACAGAGGUACACCUGGAAGUUCUGCUCUAUGCAAUUCUAGAUGUGGUUGAGAAAGAACAAAAAUUCAUUCCAUACGUUUGGUCUGUCAUGAGGUGGCACAAUGACUACAUUUCCUGGAAUCCAAGUCAGUUUUGUGGAAUUGAUAAUGUUUCUCUUCCCACUGAGAUUCUGUGGAAACCAGAUCUCACUAUUGAAGAAAUGACAGAGAAGGACAAAGCACCUCCAAGUCCAUAUCUCACCAUCAACAAUGAAGGUGAUGUGGAAGUCCAGAACGAUCUGGUGCUGGUCAGCACCUGCAGGAUGCACAUCUACAAAUUUCCUUUUGACAUACAGAGCUGCAACCUCUCCUUCAAGUCUGUCAUCUAUACUGCCAAGGACAUCCGACUCCUUGCAAGUGACAAUUCCUCAGAGGCUACAGAGUGGUCUCGAGAGGUGAUGCGGACUCAAUAUGAAUGGCUGUUCAUCAACAUGAAAGUCACCACCAUCAAUGCCAGUGAUUUACUCAGCCAAGACAUCAUUGUUUACACUAUCAACAUGAAGAGGAGGUCGGCCCUCUACAUUGUCAACUUCAUACUACCCAUCUUGUUCUUCCUGUGCCUGGACAUGGCCUCAUUUCUGAUCUCAGACAGCAGCGGUGAGAAGCUGAGCUUCCAGGUCACGGUGCUGCUCGCAAUCACUGUGUUACAGCUCAUUCUGAAUGAUAUUUUGCCUUCCUCGUCAAACAGUAUCCCCCUCAUAGCGAUCUACUGCAUUGGGAUUUUUGCUUUGAUGAUGCUCAGCCUCCUGGAGACGAUUCUGAUGAUGUAUCUGACGGAAAAAGACAACAUGCAGCAUGACGACGAGACAGAUAAAGACCAAAGGUUCAGUGGGGAUUGUAACAGACAGGGUAGAGUCAACUUUGACAACUUUCAUGCAGAGAUGCAAGAUUGGACUGAGAAUGGGUGUAUCUACAAUGUUGCUGCCGAAACCCCAGCCGAGCUGCAGAGUAUGGCCAUAGAGCACAACAGCAGCACCAGGCUGGUGGGGGAGAGCCAUGUCUUGGAGAAGGUUUCAGCUGAGCUGAGGGAGAUGGAAAAAACUCUGACUCUGCUCCUGGGCAACAGAAAGGUAGACUACAAGUCCGGCUACUGGACCAGAGUGGCUAAAAGGGUCAACAAAGUCUUCUUCAUUUCCUAUGUUAUAAUGGUCAGUGUGUUUUUAACUGUCCUCUUUUUGAAGUGGAACUACGCAUAGCGGUAAUCAUAAUAAUAAUAGAGACAUGAAUGAGUGACUCUCUCACCUGCGACACCAAAACUCCACCAUUAGUGGACCCCCAAACAAUACCAAUAAAACUAUUACAAUGCUGCAAUGCUAUUAAUAAUUAUAACUAUUAUUCACUUUUUAAUUAUAAAAUAAUUUAAGUGACUCUUGCCUUUGCAGCAAGAUGACCCAGGUUUGCGACCCGGUCAGAAACAAGGGUCUUUCUGC